AUGAAUCCAGCAGACGAGCUCAUCGACAAAGAGGUUGCCUUUCCUGGCGGACCUUGGUUGCAUGCCCAUAUGGACAUUCUCUCCAAGAUCGCGGGUGCAGAGGCCCUCGUCGCUGAGGACAACUGGGAGUUUGUUGCAGCUUCGGAUCGUGUCAAGCAGAGGACUGGCGCCCGAUUUGUUUACGCAAUUCUCACCCCUGUUCGUUCGGAGGGAUCAAGCGUCGUUUCUCGCAGGGUUUUCAUUCCCAUUUUCGAGCUCGGCCAGAAUGGCAUGGCCAAUGACAACUGA